AUGGAGGCCCGCGGGGUCGGCUUUUCUGCGGUGGCGGGGGCCGACCCCGUGGGGGGGACCCUGGCGCAGGCCCCUGCUGGGGGGCAGCUGGACCAGUUGUCCUCCGGCCGUCUGGCCGAGACCUGUGAGGAUGGUGUCCCGGAGCCGCCCCCUCCUGCCCUCGAGGGUCUUCUCCCCAGACAAAGCUGCCCAGCCUCCCCCGCGGAGCCCGGGAGCUUCCCCGAGCCACCACCGCCCGAUGCCCCCCUGGAGCUGCCCGGGGCCUCUCGGAUCAGGGCCCCGAAGACCGGCCGGAGGAGAGGUGUUCGGGGGCGGAGGGGUUCGCAGAGGGGAGGGAUGAGGGCCAAGAGCGGCCGCCCACCUGCCCCCCUCGGGGUCGGCUCCCUGCCUCUUCCCGAGGACCCCUCCGGCACUCCCCCCAUCCGGGUCCCAAAGAAGCGGGGCCGCAAGUCCAAGGCAGAGCUGUUGCUGAUGAAGUUGUCGCAGGGCCUGGAGCAGCCGGAGCCCCCGCCCCCCAGCAGCGGACCCGAGGACCCAGACACCCCCGCCGGGACUCGGCCACGCCGGCGGGCUGCUCGAGUGGCACUGCUGUAUCUUCAAGAGCUAGCCGAAGAGCUGACCUCAGCGCUCCCUCCCCAUGCUUCUUACCCAGAGAGCUCCGAGCUGAGCGACCACCCCAAGCGGGGCCGGGGCCGCGGGGGGGAGGAGGAGGAGGAGGAAAAGGAGGAUGACGCGACCCGGGAUGCGGACUUUGUGGUUCAAGCUGAAGUGGAGGAUGGGGAGGAGAGCGAGCCCCUGAGCGAGGGCUCGUCCGACUCGGAACCAGCCGCGUUUCGAGGGGGUGGCGUCCAGGGAUCUAGCUCGGUGAAGCCGAGGCACCAGUGCCGGGGAAUCGCUCCCAAUGGGCUUCCCAACUACAUCAUGACCCCGGUGUGGAAGAGCCUCAACCUCACAAAGAACCUCCGGGAGCAGCUCCAUUCCCACUGGGAAUUUCCCGAGUGGAUUCCCUCAGCAUCCAAGUGGCACCUGCUGACGGACACGGAAGCAGCACCCUAUCUUCCCAGGGAGUUGAAGUCUCCGUUUUUCUCCGUGCAACGAGAAGGGCUCCCGGAGGAUGGUGCUCUUUACAGGAUCAACAGGUUCAGCUCGCUGACGCCUCAUGGGGAGCGCUGGGAUGUGUCGUUCUUCACUGGGGGGCCCCUGUGGGCUCUGGAGUGGUGCCCGGUCCCCGAGGGGGCCAGCGCCCUCCAGUACGUGGCUCUGUUCUGCAGCCCGGGCAUGGACGAGACGCACGCGCUGAGCCGGCCGCACGGGGGUCCCGGGCUCCUCCAGCUCUGGGGGCUGGGGGCCCUGCAGCAGGACAGCUGUACAGGCAGUAAGGCUUACCUGGCCUACGGCAUCGCCUGUGACCACGGCUGUAUCUGGGACCUCAAGUUCUGCCCCAGUGGAGCCUGGGAGCUGCCCACCACUUCCUGCAAGGCCCCUCUCCUGCCGCGGCUGGGUCUCCUGGCUCUUGCCUGUUCAGAUGGAAAGGUGCUCCUGUUGAGCCUGCCUCACCCGGAAGCGCUGCUAGCCCGGCGAACCCCAGAUGCGCCAAAGCAUGCCAUCUAUAAGGUUCAACACGUGGCCCUUCUGCAGGUGGGCUCAGUGCAAGCCGGGGGCCCCUCGGAGUGCGGCCAGUGUUUUAGUCUUGCCUGGAUGCCAUCCCAGCCCCAUCAGCACCUGGCAGCGGGAUUCUACGAUGGCACCGUGGCAAUCUGGAACCUGCCCACCACGUCCCUGCUGCAGCGAGUGCGGCUCCCCGACGGCUCCCUGAAACUCUACCCGUUCCGCUGCCUCCCGGCCCACGACCAGGCGGUGCGCUGUCUGCAGUGGUGCAAGGCCAACAGCAACUUCCUGGUGUCCGCUGGAAGCGACCGGAAAAUCAAGUUCUGGGACCUUCGCCGGCCCUACGAGCCGAUCAACAGCAUCAAGCGCUUCUUGAGCACAGAACUGUCCUGGCUGCUUCCGUACAGCGGGGUCACCGUGGCCCAAGACAACUGCUACGCCUCCUAUGGUCUCUGUGGGAUCCACUAUAUUGAUGCUGGCUUCCUUGGCUUCAAGGCUUAUUUCACUGCCCCCCGGAAGGGCACCGUCUGGAGCCUGUCCGGGUCGGAUUGGCUGGGGGCCGUGGCCGCCAGUGACAUGUCGGGGGAGCUCAUCGCCGCCGUGCUACCGGACAUGGCCGUGAAUCCACUCAACAUCAAGCGUCCUGCCGAGCGCAGAUUCCCCAUCUAUAAGGCAGACCUGCUGCCCUGCGGAGGGGGCCCCGGGGACCAGGCCCCCCCGGACCAUCCCGGGCCGUUCCGGGCUAGGACCUACGCCGAGGCCACGGCCCAGCACUACCUACUGUUCAGGGACACGGACCUACGAGGCUUCCACAACCUGCUCCAGCGGGAGCCGAUGUUACGCAUGCAGGACGGGGAGGGCCACUCUCAACUCUGCCUGGACCGGCUGCAGCUGGAGGCGGUUCACAAGGUGCGCUUCAGCCCCAAUCUGGCCUCGCACUGCUGGCUGGUGUCCGGGGGCCAGUCGGGGCUGGUGCGGGCCCACUGUAUCCGGGGCCUCGCCUGCUCCCUCAGUCGCCGCCUGCAGCUGGAGAGCCAGGCCUACUUCAGCGCCAUGUUCCCGUCCCCCUCCUCCUCCUCGCCCGAAGGGCCCAACGUCCCCGCAACCGACCACCGCCUGCUCCCCAACCCGUAGUGCGGACGGACCGCGGCCCACCGGGGGCCUAGCAGGACUCCCUCCGGCCUCACGGCCACCCCUGGCACCCACCGACCGACCCCUCCUGGGCCGCCGCUGCCCACCCACCCACUUGUGCUGCUCCUCUGAGGCCGCGGCCCCCGCAGGCUGGGGGGCUCGGGCCAGGGACCCUCGCUGUUGGCGCUACGGAGCCGGACCCGGGGCGACUCACUCAUCUCUCCCUCCCUCCCUCCCAUUUUGCUCACAUUGAGCACGUUUAGUUCUGGAUGGGCUGAGUAAAGGUGCUAUGUGUUUUUGA